AUGACCGAUUACGAUCCAUUUUCUGAUACUAUUUCAACUGUUACAUCCACAUUUAUUCCAUUAUUUUUGGUUGCCUUAUAUAAUGGGUUUGAAAAUGAUAAAAAACAUUAUUUAACUUAUAUAAAUAUAUUCGAUGAUUUUAUCAUAAAUUUGAGUUUUAUUUUGCCACCUCUUAUUCCUGCAACAAAAGCAUUCAAAGGCUUUUCCAUGUUCGGAAAAGUCUUUAUGUGUAUUAGUUUUUCCACUUUCUUAGUUAGUUUAUUUUUUCAAAUUCAAACUUUAAGAAUUAUGAAAGACGUUUUAUAUCUUCAGAUUGUUUCUGAAGAUCAUACCAACAAUUACUUUACUGCUGUUUAUACUUUUCAUGUCGGUAAAUUUUGUGUUGACAAUUACGGCUUUAAUAGAUGCAAAGCCUUACAAAUACUUACUUACAUGAUUAUGCUAUUAGUAACGCCUUUGUUAUUCGUGCGUUUUAUUUUUAAUUCUAGAUGGAUUAAGAUUACAAUUUUUACAAUUUUUAUUAUUUAUUCUGCAAUUUCAUCUGGAUAUUUGCUUAGUGAUACACCUGUUAUCACUCAAUCCAUCUUUUCCAUUUCCACUAUCACACUAACUAGAAUUUUCGAACAUUUUAAUGAUAAGCAUGAGAAUAUCAAAACAUUUUUCUCCAUUUACUUGAAUUAUAAUAAGAUAUUUGGCGAAAUAUGGAAUGAAGUGGAAAAUUUGGAGGAGGUUUUAGAAAAUCUAAAAAAAAUAGCAAAUCGAGUUGAUGCAAAAAUCAAAAGAAGAGUAGAUUAUGUAAAAGAAGCGUUAGAAAAUCUAGUAAAAGAAACAAAAGAUAUAGUUGAACUUAAAAAUGAAAAAAAAAAAGUAGAGGAAAUUAUAAAAACGUUAGAUUGCCAGAUAGAAAGGAUGGCGGACAUAAUAGUUGCUCUGACCGAAAAGGAUUACCAGAAAAAAUGGAUUCGGAUGAUUAGAGAUAACUCGUUUGGUAUAAGCAAAGAAGAUAAUAUAGAUGAGAAGAAACAUGAAGUUGAAGAUAUAACAAAAAAUCAAGGAAAUUAUGAAAAUUAUGAAAACAUAAAAAAUCAAAAAAAUGAGUUAAAAAUCCAGGCAGAUAUGCUACGAGAAAUUAAAAAUAAUUUAAACAAACUCAAUAACAAGGACAAUAGUCAAUGUUAA